GGAUAAUCGAUGCCCCGGGCUGCAGGGGCCGGGGACUCCCGGGGCUGUGAGGCUGGCCUGGGGUCGCCCGCGGGCGCGCUGAGGCCCUGCCUGGGGCUGACCGGCUGGGCCGCGGGGGAGGCCGGCGGAGGCGGGGAGCCGGCCGGGGCUGCGGCGCGGGCUCCGGACGCCAGGGCUCCCGCUCGCUCCUCCCGCCCGAGCCAGCCUCGGGCGCGCGGCGCUUUCCGCGGACCGAGCGACGGAGCCGGGAGGCCGGAGUGCGCGGCCCGCGGAGGGAGCCGCUGUUGUUUUGUUGCCGCCGCCGCCGCCGCCGGGCCGCGCCCCGCCCCUCCCGCCGCCGCCGCCGCCGCCGCCGCCGGUGCCGCUCCCCGGUGAGGCUCGCGCUCGAGCUGCGGCGCCGGCUCCCGCCGCCUGGGCCCCGGGCCCGGCCCCUCCCGCGCCGCCCGGGCGAUGAGAAGCUGCUUCUGCGUGAGACGGAGCCGGGACCCGCCGCCGCCGCCGCCCCAGCGGGGAACAGACCAAGCCACCAUGCCUGAAGUCAAAGACCUUUCAGAAGCCUUGCCAGAAACGUCAAUGGACCCCAUCACAGGAGUCGGGGUGGUGGCUUCCCGGAACCGAGCCCCGACAGGCUAUGAUGUAGUUGCACAGACGGCAGAUGGUGUGGAUGCUGACCUCUGGAAAGACGGCCUAUUUAAAUCCAAGGUUACCAGAUACCUGUGUUUCACAAGAUCAUUUUCCAAAGAAAAUAGCCAUUUGGGGAACGUGUUAGUGGACAUGAAGCUCAUCGACAUCAAGGACACGCUGCCCGUGGGCUUCAUCCCCAUUCAGGAGACGGUGGACACACAGGAGGUGGCUUUUAGAAAGAAGAGGUUGUGCAUUAAAUUCAUUCCACGAGAUUCAACUGAAGCUGCAAUUUGUGACAUUCGGAUCAUGGGCCGGACCAAGCAGGCCCCCCCUCAGUACACGUUUAUUGGGGAACUGAACAGCAUGGGGAUCUGGUAUCGAAUGGGCAGAGUGCCAAGGAAUCAUGACUCAUCUCAACCCACAACGCCUUCCCAGUCAUCAGCUGCUCCUACGCCAGCCCCCAACCUUCCCAGGCACAUCUCGCUAACGCUGCCUGCCACCUUCCGAGGCAGGAACAGCACCCGGACGGACUAUGAGUACCAGCACUCCAAUUUGUAUGCCAUAUCAGCAAUGGAUGGUGUGCCUUUUAUGAUUUCAGAGAAGUUUUCUUGUGUUCCAGAAAGUAUGCAGCCCUUUGAUCUCUUGGGGAUCACCAUCAAAUCUCUAGCAGAAAUUGAGAAAGAGUAUGAGUACAGCUUCCGCACGGAGCAGAGUGCAGCCGCCCGGCUCCCACCCAGCCCCACCAGGUGCCAGCAGAUCUCCCAGUCCUGAGGAGCCAGCAGCUGCCGCGCGUGGAGCAGACGCCACCCCUGACUACUGACUGGGCGCUGGGGCUGCAGGGUGCUCCCUUCCUCACCGUCCCUCCGCCUCCUCCCUCCGCGGCCAGCCUUUUCCUUGCUGCCCAAGGGUGGCCAGAGACACUGGGCAGAUGAGUGGACACGUUCUGUCAUCACCUCACCUAAUGUGACACCCCAACCUCCCUGGGGACAUUGUUCAUAACCACGACUAAUCUGUGUGUGCUCUAGUGACCAGCAGCUCCUAACAUGUCUGUGUGGUGGCCAGUUGUCCUACAAAAACCUUACCCACCACAAUCACCCCAGGGCCCUGGGCAGUUGCUCCUCUACCCAGUGAUACCUGUUGGUUCCCUGUGCUCAUGUGACCUCCCAUGGCAGACACCAGUCAGCCUUGAAGACGCUGGGGGUUGGCAUUUUACAUAGGACGCCCCCCACCCCCAGAGCUCACUGACCAUCCCAGACCAAGACUGCAGAGGAACAAGUCCCUCUCACCACAGAACCAGGUGCCCCAAGCAUUUCAAAGCAACUCUGUGAAAACAUGGCAGGAAGAAGUCGGUGGGCCCUGGCAUGGACCCUGACCCCCACUUUGGACAUCUCAAGGACUCAUCCCCCAACACAUGGAACGUCAGGGAGCAGAGGGGGUGCUGGUUUCUAGGGAGGAGGCCAAGUGACCCAGAGUGCUGUGCUUAUCCUCCGCCCCCCAAGGGCUUCUCUGAGGGACACCCACGUGCCAACAACAGCUCUAGCUGCCUUGGCCCAGUGCCCUGGCCCAGGGACCAUAGGGAUUCGGGCACACGGGCACCCCGCCCCUCCCAGAGCCAAGCCAUGUCCAGACAGCAUCUGCUUUCAGGACAAUGGGAACGAGGUGUUCUGAAAAAUCCCUCUGACCCAGGUCACUGAAUUUGACUCAGAACUGACAUUCCUCCACGAGUGCCCGUUGGUGCUGGCACCCCUCACAGCACCGGUGCUGAGUUCAACUCCACAAACGUUUGCCCGGAGAAUAGCGGCUGGGGCCACCCGGGCUGCCUGGCCCUGCAGUGUCCGCUCUUAGGGUUUACCUGAUUCCUCCAAGUGUGGGUGUCAUAUUCUUUGGGCUUGAUGUGGUUGGGGGGGGUGGGUCGUGGACACUGCUGCUCCCCUGGGACAGACUCCCUGCUGCAGGUCCUGGCACUGAGGCCCAAAGGGAUAAGGAAAAGAACUGGCCAACACAGCUGGCUAAGAGGCGGGGGCGAAAUACCUCACACGGCUGCGCCAGCCCCAGCAUCUCAGACCCCAGACCGGCUUGUCCUCAGACACAUCUUGGCCUCCAUUUGGACACCUCUUGGUUCCGUGGAUUAGGAAUUGGCCCCUCUCCCCACCUGAGAAGACUGAGGGUGCCCCUGAUCGAGGGAGGCCCUCCCAUGCCCCUCAGGCAGCACCCUAGCAGGAAAAGGUGUUCGUGGAAUCUGUCAGGGCCCAGGAGACCGGUGGGGCCCAGGCGGGCGUGCCUGUGAAGACCUGUGGACAGACACCAUCUCCAUCGAAGUGAGCUAGUGUAUUUCUGGGAGUUGGGGAGCCCACAGAACCUAUGUCUACUGCUGCUUUUUGGAUGGUGGCUAGUUCAAAAUCAAGUGGCCUGCAUGACAGAGCCGUACAGAGAGGGAUGAUGUCCAGCAGUCUAGGGGUGGCGGGAAGGCAGAGGGCAGAGCUCUGGUCACUCUGCCCCCUUCAUCUUGGUUUGCGCACUUUGUCCUUCGACCUCUUUCCGUGCCCUGAUUAUGAGAGCAUCUCUGACAGGUAAUGCCUGAUGGCCCUUCACUCUCCUCCCGUGGCUGUGGGAACAAGGCAUUUCCACAGCUGCAAUGGGUCCUAAAGGUUCCAAGGUGACAGUGUGGGACCCCUGGUCACAAACAGUGAGAGUGAUUUCCGGGAAAGGAGCAGGGUGCCCUCAGCCCCCUACUGAUGACCCCACAGGCCCCACUCCAGCUGGGCCCCCGCCAGGUGGCCCCACCCAGCUUCCCGAAGCUGCUGGGAUGGACAGGGCCAUAGGGCCAUCAGGAAGGCAAACUGCAUGGACUUGGGCGAGCUGGAGCCUGUUCCCCUAGUGCUAGGGACUUAGUUUAAGAGUAACAUUGACUGUGAAUGUUGUAGCAAAUGGCAGCUUAAGACAUUAAGCAGUGACAGUAUUAAGGACAAGUUGGUAUCUGUGGUAGGUUUUAGGCUGCUCCUAACCCUCCAGUUCUUGCCUUCUGAAAGGUGGGUGGGAUGAGCGCACAUGCGUGUGUGUGUGUGUGUGUGUAUGCAGGCGUGCAUGUGUGUGCGUACGCGUGCGUGUGUGUGUGCGUGUGUACACAUGUGCCCACUUGUGUGGGGCUUAUACUGACCAUGGGAGAACUGAGAAGUGGGGCUCCAGCUCCCACCUAGGAACUGAGUGACCUUUCGUGUCUUUUGAGAAUGUUUCCUUUACAAACCUUUUGGCUGCAGUGGGAAGGGAAGGACAGGGGUCUUCUGGAGAGGCAAAGGGCCUUGUCCUCACCCCUCAGGUCCCCCAGCCCUUCUCACUGCUGCUGCUAUCCCUCUGUCCCCCCCACGAAAGACUCCAACCAGAGCACAGUGUCCCCACUGACACCCCCUCAAGACUCUUUCUGAGGUCCUUGGAAAUGGCACAGAGGCAGGGAGGAGCAGGCAGCUGGCUCCAGGCUCACGUGCAGAUUUAUAAUCCAGCCCUGUUUGUCCACCCCAAGUCCAAGAACUGAUGCCAGUCACACCCCCACCACUGGAGAGAAGAGAACCCAGUUGGGUCUCAGCAAAGAAAUAACAGGACCAUUAGACCCUCAUCCGCCCUUGGUCAGAGGGGUGUCACUGCUUGGUGGCUGUGCUCUUGUUACAGGAGAAGCCGCUGGUACUGGUGGGAGCCCUGUGCAAGUCCGCAGGUCAGCGGGAGGACAAGGGGGACUAACAUGCACUGAGCACCUGCUCCUGGCCGGGGACUCGGCCAGGCACUCUGAGCACACUCCUCCUGUCACUCCCCCCCCCAAAGUAAAGUAACCCAGAAGUGGAUGUUCGUUGCUCCUUGUUACAGGUGGAAAGGCUGAGGCUUGUCUGUAGGCGCGAGGCUGCUAAGUGGCAGAGACAGGAUUUGACCCCACAGGGGGGCCGUUCCAUCAUAAGCACAACCUCAGGCUGACCCUUUUGUUUACAGCCCUGUGAUGGACUUCCCGGCCGCCGCUAGGCCCUGCCGGUCACCGUGCCACUGUGCGAAAGCCACCUGCUAGGGUUCCCCACAAUGCCCAGGCGUUUGUGGGGAGUCCCAGCCUGCCACUCCCCUGAGAAUGGGGAGGAUGACUGAGCAUGAAGGCAGAGCCAGGCCUUGGUGGAGCCCCUGGGUGCCUCCAGGCCAUACAGAAGUGGGGCUCACUUCUGCAUGGCCUGGAAUGGAAGUGAAUUCCAUUCUAGUCUACCUUACCCCGAGGCUCCUGUCCCCACUCAGGCUGCCUGGACCCUCGGGGCAGCCAGGCUUCUUCAUCUGUUCUGAGCACAUGUCUAGGGUGGCUUCAGCUAUCACCACCAUGAAACAGGGCUUUGUUCCCCCUGCAAAGGCCAAUUGAGCUGCUGUGUGACCAUGUCGCCUUGGACAAGGACCUUGGGGACAACGUCCUGACUGCGUAUUUAUUCAAGGUGACUCUCGUACUUGGCAAAGGGAAGUUUCACUGUGUCUGUCUGUAUCUUAAUAUAAUUUGUUAAAUAAACGUUUGUUUAACCUCUU